AUGACCAUGACGCUUAAAUGCAACUCAAAUUUACUGUCUUUGAAACAAAAUAAGGGAUUGUUUUACCGAAUAUUGCAUGCUAUUGAACCUAUUCUAAUAGCUCCAGAGUUGGCUGGCAGUCCUGAGAGCAAGGAGAAUAUUCUGAGGGGACUUGUGAUGAACUUCACAAUUGUAGGUAGCCUCGGUGCCCCAUGGUUUGGGAGCUCAGAUGUCAACGAGGAAAUGAACGGAGGACUGAAAGUUGGCAGUGAAUUUCUCUUCGUCGGGAGUUUUUCCAAAAUAACAUUCUUCUCCAAAACGGUACUCGGAGGGGUCUUCAGUCUUAACGGUAGAUGGAGCAAAGUAGUGUGUGCCGAUUAUCUUCUUGUUACCAUGCGGCCCUAUCUGUCAGGUGCAUGUAAGCAGCAACAGGCUACAUGA